AUGCGCGCACAAAGCCCGCGGCCGCCGGAACCCUCGGCCCCGCCGCUGGGCGCCGAGGGCCGGGCUCUGGGCGGCGCGGACCUCGCGGAGCCCUCGUGGGCGGCGAGGGCCGGGUUGGUGGUGGCCCCUCAGGGGGUGGCCGCCGGGGCCACCACGGAGGCGCGGGAGAGCCUCCCCAGAAGAGAACUGGGCCUUUGUCUCCGGGAAAAACGGAAAAGGCCACAAGAAGAGAAAUAUCCAGUGGGACCAUGGCUGUUGGCACUGUUUGUUUUUGUUGUCUGUGGCUCAGUCUUUGUGCUCGUCUUGGUCUGUAGCAACAUGAUAACAGAGGAAGGCCGGCCGCAGGCUGGUAUACUAACGCCAGAGAGCUAUCUUUCAGAUCAUUCAGAGCAUAAGGAUGGGCAUGUGAGAAGGCCCGGGGAUUUGACACCGCCCCCUCCCUCUGGAGGGCGGAGGACCACUUCAGCUUUUAGCCCUGUGUCCGUGGGAAGCAAACAGGCCACACGGAAUAGAAACAAAGGCUCCCUCCAUUGUUCCCUGAUCACUUCAUCGUGGAUGUCAGACCACAUUGCCUUCUCACAGGACAUCUUGGUACAUCCGUGUUCUCGAGCGGAAAGGACAUUUUGCUUUUCUGUUGGCGGGGUUGGUAGCUGCCGGGUGUCGGCAGCAGCGCCUGGUCUGGUUUUGCCCUUGGUCUCACUAAUGUAUGCAUGUGGCCCUCGGAAUGAUCACCAGGUUACUUUCUAUGGAUACAGCCUCUCCUCCAUCCAGGGUUGGUUUUACAAAUAAAUGUCUUUGUUCAGCCUUC